AUGGCCCUGAGCUCCUGGACCCCAGAGCUGGGGUUCGUCGAGAAGGUGGUGCGGGCGGCCGCCGUCUCCACCGGCCCCUCCCUAGAGUUAUGCACCUUCCCCCCCACCCUGGGCUCCUCGGUGGCAGCCGCCGCGCUGAAGCAGCUCUUCCGUGUGGAACAAUCACUGCAAAGUGACUAUUUUAAAUGCAAUGAAGAAGCUAGGAUUUUUCUUAAGGACAUUGCUGAAUCAGUUAAGAAAUUGGAAGAAAUGAGAAAAACCACAAUUGAUCUUCUGGAGAUUGAAAGUAUGGAGCUAAGCAGAUUAUACUACCAGUUGGAAAUUCUUCCCCAUAGCAUUAACAGGGAACUGAAAGAAUGCGUCAGAGAUGCUCGAAGAUUAAAUAUUUUUGAAAUAAAGCAAAUACAAAUGAGAAUUACAGAGAUAGAUAAUGAAAUGGAGUUUCUGAAGAAGAAAAUAAUUGAGUUGGAAAAAAACAAUGAAGCUCUUGGGGAGAAGCAGGAAGAGCUAGCAAGGCAGCACACGAAGUUAGUCCUGUCACUCAACCAAACAAUGGAGGAAAAGGCCACUACCAUCGUUUACAUAAAUGAGAUUUACACCAAAGUAAACUUGCAGAAAGAAGACAUAGAGUUGCAAAAACAAUGCACUCAAGAGGCAGAGGAGCUAAUAGAAAAAGAAAGAGCAGAAUAUCUGUUACGUAAGCAACAAUUGACUGAACAGAUUAAUGAACUUAAAAAAAUCCAUACACUUAAGAAAAAUGAGAGUUUUCAAAAGAAGAAAGACUUGGAUAAAUUGCUAAUUAAAAUGUCAAAAAUAAAAGAAACAGCUACUAUCCGCACAGUGGUUCUUAGUGAUCACAAUUUAGAAAUAGCACAACUACAAGCAUCAAUAAGGUACUGGAAAAUACAAGUUGAAGAACUACAGAAAACCUGUAAGAAUCUGGAGGAUAAAAUGCUGUUUUAUACAGAUAAUAAGGAAAAACUAGAUGAUGCAUCUAAUACUGAAAAAAAUGAAUAUUUACACAAGAUAAAACAGUUGGCUGAAAAACUUCAUGCAGCUAGUAAAGAAAACAAAGAUCUACGAGAGAAAAUAGUGAUUAUUACCAGACAAUAUAAGAUUGUUUCAAAUGAAGAAGAUAAAGUUUUUUUCCAGAAAAGGCAGAUUUAUGAUGAAAAUCAGAAACAACUGACAUUUAUUUCUCAGAGACAAAACUUUCUAUCACAAAGGAAAGUAGACAUAAAAAAUAUGGAAGAAGGACUUGCCACCCUCCAGGAGCUUCAACAAGCAACACAAGAAGUAUAUCGGAGGCAAAUAAAAAUCCUGGGUGAUAACCUGGAAAGAGAAAAUCAGAGAUGUAUUAUAACUCAGUGGAAAAUAGCUUGUUUGAGAAAAAAGCAUGCACGUUGGACAUCCAAGAUAAAGGCUGAAACACAAGAAAUUGUAGAAAAAGUUGAACAGGCAGAAACUAGACGACUUGAAUUACUUAGAGAGACCAGUCUUAGAGAAAAGGAGAUCAAUGAAUUUUUGGCACAGAUUGAACAACUUGAAAUAAAAUUAAAAGAAGAGGAGGUGGAAUACGUUUUCAAAGAAAAAAAGUUAAUAAAAGGGUUAAACAAGUAUGAGGAAAUAUUCGUUAAGAAAGCACAAAUUAACAAAGAAAAGGAAGAAGAAUUAGUUGAAUGUCUUCCACAACUUCAGGAGGCAGAAGAAGAAUAUAGCAAAAAACAUAGAAGGUUGGAAGAGCUGAGUAAUAUUGUUACAGCACAAAAACAGGAGGAAAAUUUACUGAAUAAUUACAUUUAUCAGUUUACGAGGGACUUAUCAAGAUACUUGAAUGACAUGAAGGCAGUACAACAAGAGUUAAAACAAUUACGAGAUCAAGAAAGCACAAAAACCAAAGAUCAUUUUGAAAUUCUAAAGAAUUUAGAAAAUGAAAUCUAUAUAGAUGACCAAAAAGCAGACCUCUUGCUCCUGGAAAAUAAAAGAUUAAAAGAAUAUAUUUUAUACAUGAAGAACAACAUAGCAAAAUACAGAGAAGGACAAGAAGCCCUCACGCACACCUCAAGUGACCUGUCUCAGCAACUGAUAGCCCAGCAGGCACAAUAUAUGGAUUUGUGGACUGAAUUUCAGACCAUGGUUAAGGGCUUAAUGAACAACGGUGAAGAGACCUUGCAAGACAUAAAAAAUCUAGCAGACAAGCUACAUGAAAGAGAUGAAAAAAUCGAGAACAUCAGUACCUGGCUACAAGGGAAUCUUGGAGAGCUGUAUUCUCUUAUGAAACAGGAGUCACAAGUGGACCUCCUUAAAAAGAAGAAACACAUCCAUACCAAAACAGUACAUUUCCCAGCAGGUAAAUGUACUAGAAAAAACACAUUAACCAAAACUAAACUAACAAAAUAACUCAAGGACACAACUGCUAUGAAUUCAAGACAUAAACAAAACUACAGGAAAAGUGAGUACACGUACUUUCAUAUUUUGCCAUUGUUAAUGGAGAAGUCUUAAAAGUAUGAGAUUAAACUAACUUGACCAACCCCCACCAAGUAGCAGAAUCAGUAAAUAACCUUUUUGGUUUUGUUUUUUGAGUUGGAGUCUCACUGUCACCCAGGCUGGAGUACAGUGGCAA